UAAAAUUGGUUAUUUAUUUGACCGCAAUUUCUAUGUAAACAAAUUCACUUUGAAAUAAAACAAAAGUGGUUACUGUUGUUUGUUUGUUCGUUUGUUUUAAGAAGUAAAAUUAAUAUUAUGAAUUUGACAGCUGAUUAUCCAAUAUCUAACUUUGAUAAUCAAAACUAUAGAAACUCUUAUGGAAGUAAUAACUCACAUUGGUAUUAUCCAUUUUAUGAAUAUUCAUUGAAUAAUUCAUCUUCAUCAUCAUCACCAUCAUCAUCAUUUUUAUUAUCAUCUAACAAUCCAUCAUCAUUAGUAUCUUCAACUAGUGUAUGUUUACCAUUUCAUUUUUACAUUGAUUCAUAUUAUACACAAACUAAUACAAAUGACUAUGAUAUGAAUGGAUUACAUUAUAAUUUAUAUAGUGGUAGUGAUUCAUCAACACGUUCCCUUGAUGAUACAUCAUUAUUAUUGCAUUCAUAUCAUAGUAAUAAUAAUACUAAUAAUGAAUCUAUUCGUACGGAAUAUGAAACUGAUUAUAACACAUUAUUGCCAACUACUAUUACUAAUAAUCACUUAAUACCAACAUCUUUAUCGUUAUCAUCCACACCAACAUCAUUGUCAUCGUCGUCAUCAUCAUCUUCUUCUGAAGCUGGUGAUACUGUAAGCACUACACCGAGUACAUCACCGAUUAUAACUAAUACUAAAAUCAAUGAUUCUACACCAACAUCAUCUUCACCAUCGAUGUUCACCUGUUGGUCUGAAAAUUUGUUUAAUGAAUUUCCUUUAAGUAAUAAUGCUAAUAUUAUUAAUACAAAUAAUAAUAAUAUUUAUAAUAUUGAAUAUAAUAAAUUAAAUAUGGUAAAUCUACAUAACAAUAAUAAUAAUAAUAAUAAUAAAUUUUUAUCAAAUUUCUCUUCACAGUUUAAAACAGACCAUAAACAAGAAAGUAAACUAUUAAAUCCUAUCAAUAAUUCAUUAGAAAAAUUAAAUAAUCGCCUAUUUGAAUAUCAACAAUAUAAUAAUAGUAAUAACAGUAUAUAUUAUCAAUCAUCAUCAUCAUCGCCAUCAUCAUCAUCAUCAUCAUGUUCUGAUGUAUUAAAAUAUCCUUUAUCCACUUCAAUAAUUCCAGAUCCAUUCACUGUAAUAUCUUCAUCUUCAAAUAUAUCAAAUAAAUUAUAUGAACAACAAAAUAAUCUAGUUUGUUUUAAUGAUAUACCAAAGAUAACAGAUACAUCUAUAAUAAGACAAAAUAAAUAUGAUAUUAUAGAUAAAAAAUAUUAUUUAUCUUCUACAAUAGAAUUAAACAAUCUUACCACUACUACUACUACUACUACUACUAGUAGUAGUAGUAGUAAUAAUAAUAAUAAUAAUAAUAAUAAUAAUUGUAAUAUAAUACAAGAAAACAAUUAUGUAACCAGUGAAAAUCAAUUAAAAAAUCAAUCAAUCAAUUAUCAAUUUGGUGAAACAAAUAUUAUAAAAAAAGAAUUAUCAUCAUGUAAAACAUAUUUACCUUUAUUGAUUAAAUCAACAAAAAAUUAUUUAAAUUCACAAAUAGAUGAUGCCAAAAUAGAUGAUAUGCCAAAAAUAGAUAAUAAAAUAAAAAUGGAAAAAUUAUAUUUUGAUUCUAUGAAAGAUAGUCCAUUUUGGACAGAUAUUCAUAAGGAAUUAAAACAACAACGACAACAACAACAACAACAGCAGAAUAAUCAUUAUUUAUUAUCAACUUCAUUAUCUUGUGAUUUAAUAUCAAGAGAAACGAUGGAUCAUUUAAGUUAUUACAAUUCUCGUAACCACAAUUGUAAUUCAUAUAUUGAGAAAGAAAUUAAUAGUCAUCUAUUAAAUAAUCCACAAGAUAUUUGCAAUAGUACAGGGAUGAAUAAAUUAGAAAAUAACAUAUUAUCAGUGUCUGGAGUAAUACACCCAAGAACAACAACUAUAUCAACAACUGUAACAACAGUAAUAACUACAACUACGACAAUAACAACGACAAAUGUGAAAUCUAUACAACCUUAUAAAUGGUUACAAAUAAAACGACAACAGCCACGCCAAAACAUAAUAAAUAACAAUACAUUUACAACCAAAUCAAAUACAAUUAAAAAAUCUAAUUCAUCAAAAUCCAUUGUUUCAUCGAAUUCAAAUAAUUUCCUACUCACUAAUAAUGCAAAAUUUCAAGAUAAUUCUGAAAUUAAUAAAAUCAAUGCUACAUCAUCUCUUGAGACAAAUUCAUCUGUAUGGAUGUCUGAAUUAUCAGAUCAUAUGGAAUCUAAUCAAAGAAUGUUUAACGCUAAUAUGAAUUAUGAUCCAUUGCCGUGUACAACUAUGAAUGAUUCUAUAAAUAAUUUACAUCGAGAUGAAACUAUACUAAAUUAUAAUAAUGAACGUUCUAUUGAUUGUACAGAAUGCAAUAAUCAAUCAAAGUACGACAUAAUUAAUAAUAAUAAUAAUAAUUCACUAAGUGGACGUACAAAUUUUACAACUAGACAAUUAACUGAAUUAGAAAAAGAAUUUCAUUUUAAUCGUUAUCUAUCACGUGCAAGACGUAUUGAAAUUGCAGCUGAUUUAAAUUUAACAGAAACUCAAGUAAAAAUUUGGUUUCAAAAUCGUCGAAUGAAACAAAAGAAACGUAUACGAGAUAAAAUUUUAGGUAGUACUUAUCAUGAAAUGGAAGAUAACACAACAUCAAUAACAACUAGUCCUCCAUCAUCUAUAUCUAAUAAUUUAAAUAAUAAAAUUAAUCAAUCUUGGAAUUUAAUUAGUUCACAAACAUUUAAUAAUCAAUUAUCUAUGGAAGAAAAUAAACAAUUAAGUCAUACCAAUGAUAACAUCAUUACUCUUGUCAAUAAUAAUAAUAAUCAAAGUACUUAUUAUCAUAAUAAACCUUUUAUGGAUUAUAACACUCAAGGGUUACGUAGUCAUUUAACAUUUCAUCCCUCUACAGUUUAUACUACUACUACUACUACUACUACGAUUGCUUCCAAUAUGAUCACCACUAUUGCUAAUACUAAUACUACUAACAAUGAAACUAAUCCUAUGAACAUUUAA